AUGGCGGGCUUGGAGAAAGAUCCAAGGAGGAGGAGUUGCUCCUCCAAGUCCGUGACCGAGCCGGUGACCGGGUCGAGCCGGUUCACUGUAAAAGGUUACUCUUUGGUGAAAGGUAUGGGACGUCAGAAGUACGUGUCCAGUGACAUCUUCCCGGCGGGUGGUUAUGACUGGCAGAUUCAGUUUUACCCGGACGAAGGCGACCUCGAGGCCGGCGUUCCAUCAGUUCUUGUGGCCAUUACUUUGGCCAGCUCCGGCGGCAGAGACGUUAGGGCCUUGCUUGAGUUGGCUUUGUUGGAUCAGAGUGGGGAAGGGAAGGAUAGUACCAACUCCCGUACGACGGAGAGCGAGCCAUUCACAAUGACUCACAAAGGGUGCUAUUGGGGGUUUUACGUCCGGAAAGCAAAACUGGAGUCCUCAACUUGUCUAAAGGACGAUUGCCUCAUCAUUCGGGCCAGUGUUGGAGUUGUCACAACUCGGCUCGACGUUGAAGGCGCCAAGCAGGAUUCCAUUGCAGCAUUGCUGUACCCAGCUCCAAUCUGGGCCAGGGUCUCAAGGCGCUACUGGAAUCUCAGCUGGGUUGCGACUUAG